UUCUCAGCGGGAGAUUGUCUCUCUCUUGCCUUUUUCUCUCGAUCUCUCUACAAAUUCAAAAAUUUCAGUUUUCCGGUUUCUUCGAGCGGGUUGCUGUCCAACGGAUCUGCGAUAAGAAAUCCUCAGGUUAAUUCUGAAAUGGAGAUUCCGGCCAUGUCUGUGAAAUUGUGGCCUCCUUCUCAAGCUACGCGGCUAAAGCUUGUGGAGAGGAUGACCAAGAAUCUUGUGACUCCUUCAAUUUGGUCUAGAAAGUAUGGUUUAUUGAGUGAGAAAGAAGCAGAGGAGGAUGCCAAAGAAAUCGAGGCUGCGGCUUUCGAUAUUGCGAACCAACAUUUUGCUAAGGAGCCCGAUGGCGACGGCUGUUCCGCCAUCCAGUUAUAUGCGAAAGAAUCAAGUAGGCUCAUGAUCGAAGUCAUCAAACGAGGUCCUAUUGCAAAAGUCGAAGCGGAUCUUGGUAUAUUAACCAAGAUUAAAGGAUCUGAGGGAACUUCUUUUGAUAUAUCCGGAAAUCCGCGGAAGGAAAUCGACGCCGGAGAUGCUGAGAAGCUGUUCAAAGCCUUGAAGGAGUCUGGCGUUAAGUAUACAAAGAUUUGCUUUAGCAAUACGAGUUUCGGCAGGGAGGCGGCACUUGUUGCCGAGCCUGUAUUGUCUUCGAUUAAGGAACAAUUGACGGAAAUCGACUUAUCGGAUUUUGUUGCGGGGAGGAACGAGGAAGAAGCACUCGAUGUAAUGAAGAUAUUUUCUUCGGCUCUGGAAGGCACUAAACUACGGUAUCUUAAUCUUUCAAACAAUGCGUUGGGCGAGAAGGGGAUUCGGGCAUUCGAACCACUUCUGAAAUCGCAAGAUAAUUUGGAAGAACUGUAUCUGAUCAACGACGGCAUUUCGGAGGAGGCUGCGGAGGCAGUGUUAGAGUUAAUUCCCUCGACGAAUAACCUAAAAAUCCUCCAUUUCCAUAACAACAUGACCGGAGACGAAGGAGCGGUAGCGAUUUCGAAAAUGGUGCGUAAUUCCGCCGCGCUGGAAGAUUUCCGGUGCUCGUCGACGAGGGUCGGAUCCGAUGGAGGCAUUGCUCUAGCUAAAGCACUCGGAUCAUGUAAUCGGUUGAAAAAGCUCGACUUGACGGACAAUAUGUUUGGCGUCGAAGCCGGUUUGGCGUUGAGCAAAGCAUCCUCGGCUUUUUCGAAUCUAACAGAAAUCUACCUGACGUAUUUGAAUCUCGAGGACGAGGGUUCGAUCGCGAUAUUAAACGCGCUACGGGAAUCUGCUUCGUCUCUCGAAGUUCUCGACAUGGCCGGGAACGAAAUCACGGCUAAAUCUGCCCCGGCUCUCGCUUCCUGUAUAGCUUCGAAACAGUUUCUUUCGAUCCUGAAUCUCGGCGAGAAUGAACUUAAGGACGAGGGUGCGAUCUUGAUAGCCAAGGCCCUCGAGGAGGGGCACGGGCAAUUGAUCGAAGUCGACGUGAAUACGAAUCUGAUUAGACGAGCGGGUGCUCGACGUCUUUGCCAGGCUGUUGUGAAGAAACCCGGGUUUAAAUUGUUGAAUAUCAAUGGGAAUUAUAUAUCCGAUGAGGGUAUCGACGAGGUGAAGGAUUUGUUCAAGAACUGCCCCGACGUUCUCGGUCCUCUCGACGGGAACGAUCCCGAUGGAGAUGAAUAUGACGACGAUGAGCAUGACGUUAAGGUUCGUGACGGCGGCGGCGACGAACAUGAAUUGGAGUCGAAACUCAAGGGCCUUGAAAUUAAACACGGAGAGUGAGAGGCAUUGCAUGUUUUGUCUUAGAAAUGCAUUAAGACUGUGAUGAUUUAAUUGCUUUGUUGCUACAUUUAAUUCUACUUUCUUGUUUAGCUUUGUUUUUCUUAUUUAUGAUCAACGUCUUUAAUUUGAAUUUAAAUUGAAAUUUUCUGUCUA